AUGAGCUGCCCCUAUUGCUUGGCGUUCACUCCUCCGGCGACUCCAGCACAGGCGGCACAGGGAGGCACCGGCGCCCCCAAAGCUCUUCAGCAGCGGCGGGCGGAGCAAAAUCGGACACUCGUGAAGGCUUACUGGGAGUUCGAGGAGGGCAAGAGCCAUUGGCUUGGGUUCUCUCCGAAAGUGAGCGUCCUCCUUGAGGCGGCCUACCAGAACUGGCUCCAAAACCCCAGCGAGGUUCGGUCCAAGAUCAACGCCACGGGCUUCUUGUACAACGUGGACUACACCACCUUGCUGCAGGAAGGCCAGCGCCAAAGCCAGCGCAUCCGCCGUGUAGGGGUGACUGCAGAUGAGUCCCUCCAUGCGAACGGCAACGGCGCCAACGGCUCUGCCAAGGGCUUCUGCACUGUAGAUCCUGGCCUCUGGCGCGAGAUGCAGCGGCAGCUGAAAGAGCUCAAGGAGGAACAGGACUGGCUUCUCCAGCUGCUGCGUGGGCAGAGCGCCAGCACGGAGCACGCUGACACCCUGGAGCUCAAAGCCAAGGGUUCCUACAGCCCACUGGCGGAGGAGGUGGCCAAACUCUGGCGGCGCGUGGGCGACGCGGAGGCGAAGUUGCAAAGUGCUGCGGAGGCAGCCAAGGAGUCGGAGGCGCUUCUGGAGCGCCUAUACGCCUCCCUUCUGCCAGGUCGCGUUCUUGCGCGCUCGGGUGCGGUGGGUGUGGCGCGUGCCGUGGAGAAUGAGGAGGUCCUGGUGUUUUCCGGUGGCGACGAGGCAGUGCCGGAGUUUGUGAGGAGCAGGGACGUACAGGCAUCCCGCAUGGGAUUGCUGGCGCGGCCCGGCGCCAAGGUUUGGUAUCCAGAUGGAGGAGUUGCGAAGGCAGGCGUCGUCUGCGGGCCUUCCCUGGAUCCAAAGUUGGACGCGCGAGGGCCGAAUGGUGAUGCCGCUGUGAGUGCUCAGUUGCACGCCUUGCACGCUGUUGACGUCCUACGGGCGGAUGGGCAAUGCUACCCAGUCCCCCUGGCCACGUUGAAGCACCGUGCGUGCGGAGAGCCUCAGGGAUUAAGCGUCGGUGAUCUGGUGCGUGCCCAGCUGGAAGGAACAGACCCUCCUCUGAAAUCUCUAGGCACCGUGCUGCGGGUGGAGGAUUCUUCUGGAAUGGCAAGUGACAUGCACGUGCGAUUCCCAGACGAAGCUGGUGGAUUCCAGGACGUUCCUUUCGCUGCCAGCAAGCGCUCCGACUUGGAGCUGGACAAGGAGUCUGAUUGUGUGCGUCCGGGGGCUGCUGUUCGGCUGAGGGUUGCCUCCAACGGCCUGCAAAGUGCCACAGGGGUCGUCUUUGCCUUGCAUGGCAACGCAACGGCCGUGGUGGACUUUCUGGGGAGUUGGGGCCAUCGCUGCGCGGCUUCUGAUCUGGAAGUCGUGGAGGACCCGCCAAGGAUAGAAGUCGAGAUCAUCAAGACUCUAAGUGAGUGUUUGACCUGGACGGAGCUGUUGGCAGGCGAGAAUGGCCAUCAGUAUGCCAGGAGUUGA